AAUAGCCUGGCCCUGCGUCUCAGCUGUCUGUUUUCAGAAACCCACAGAGAAGGCGUGCAGAUGAACUCGGCCGGUAGGAGCUGAUGGGCUACACCUACACGUCAGAGGCAGUGGAGUGGUGGCUGGCAGUCAGAUGAUCUCGGUUCGGUUUCGUUAACUAGCGGUGUCCCCCCGGCUCAGCUCAGCUCAGGCUGGGGGUUCCUCCGGGCGACGGAUGCCCAGUCCUGCUGCCAGCAGUCGCAGGCUGGUGCUGAAGGGAGUGACGGCAGCGGUGCUGCUCCUGCACUGCUCCUGGAUGUGGCCCGCUUUAAGGUGAAGGGGAGAGCGGGUUUUGAAGCUGGCAAGCUGGCUGCUGCACAUUUUCAUCCAAGCCAUAACAUCAGCCUCAAGAUAGAGUCUUUUUGAGUAAAGAAAACAUAAAAUGGCGUCAAUGUUGCUUAGUCGACAGCUGAGCUGUUGUCUGCAGCAGAACUCCAGGCUGCUUGUAUUUGGACACAGAUACAUCAGUCAAGCUGCAGCUAAAAUUGAUGUGGAUUUUGAUUAUGAUGGACCUCUAAUGAAGACAGAAGUUCCUGGACCACGAUCUAGAGAAUUAAUGAAACAGCUGAAUGGAAUUCAGAAUGCAGAAGCUGUACACUUUUUUUGCAAUUAUGAAGAGAGCCGAGGGAACUACCUAGUAGAUGUAGAUGGCAAUCGCAUGCUGGAUCUCUACUCUCAGAUUUCAUCCAUCCCGAUAGGUUACAGCCAUCCCUCUCUGAUAAAGCUUCUACAGCAGCCACAGAACUUGAGCACUUUUGUCAACAGACCUGCCCUAGGGAUUUUACCUCCAGAGAACUUUGCAGAAAGGCUGAAGGAAUCUUUGUUAUCAGUGGCUCCUAAGGGUCUGUCACAGGUGAUCACCAUGUCUUGUGGAUCCUGCUCAAAUGAAAAUGCAUUUAAAGCAAUAUUUAUGUGGUACAGAAGCAAGGAGAGGGGCCAUAAUAAUGUCACAAAAGAGGAACUGGAAUCUUGCAUGAUUAACCAGCCCCCUGGCUGCCCUGACUACGCUAUGCUAUCCUUCAUGGGCGGCUUCCACGGCAGGACCAUGGGUUGCUUAGCUACAACUCACUCUAAAGCAAUUCACAAACUGGACAUUCCAUCGCUGGACUGGCCUAUUGCUCCAUUUCCAAGACUAAAGUAUCCUCUGGAAGACUUUGUGAAAGAGAAUCAACAGGAAGAAGCCCGUUGUUUAGAGGAGGUGGAAGAUCUGAUUGUAAAGUACAGGAAAAAGAAGAAGAUUGUGGCUGGAAUCAUUAUAGAACCAAUACAGUCAGAGGGUGGGGACAAUCAUGCCUCAGAUGACUUCUUCAGAAAGUUACGAGAUAUUGCCAGAAAGCAUGGCUGUGCAUUCUUGGUGGAUGAGGUGCAGACGGGAGGUGGCUGCACUGGAAAAUUCUGGGCCCAUGAACAUUGGGGCCUGGAUGAUCCAGCUGAUGUGGUAACAUUUAGUAAGAAGAUGAUGACAGGAGGAUUUUUCCACAAAGAAGAGUUCAGGCCAAAUGCUCCUUAUCGGAUUUUUAACACCUGGCUUGGAGAUCCAUCCAAGAACCUUAUGCUUGCUGAAGUCAUUAAGGUUAUUAAAAGAGAAGACCUCCUAAACAAUGCAGCCCAUGCAGGGAAAGCGCUACUGACCGGGCUGCUGGAUUUACAGGCUCGCUACCCCCAUCUUAUCAGCAGAGUUAGAGGAAGAGGAACAUUCUGUUCAUUUGACACUCCAAAUGAUGCAACUAGAAACAAGUUAAUUACAAUAGCCAGAAACAAAGGUGUUGUACUGGGAGGCUGUGGUGACAGAUCAAUUCGUUUUCGUCCAACGCUGAUCUUCAAGGAUCACCACGCGCACCUCUUUCUGAACAUUUUCAGUGACAUCUUAGCAAACUUCAAGUAAAAAGCCGUUCUCUUACACUGAACAACUAACUGAUUAUGAGAUUAGUUUGCAUUAAUUCAUGUCUUCUCCACUUACAAGAUAAGUGUAAAGUCAUAAACUAAGGGUUGUGUUCUGUCUGUAAUGCUGCCCAAGGCAAGCUGCUCCAUGCAAACUCGACCCAGGCAGAGUAUUGGUACUGGUCACCAGCAGGUACCCGCAGCUGUCCUACACUGUGCACAGAAGCGGUGGCCCUCCAUCCUUGGGUCCUAUUAAUUGCAGAGUCCUCCAUGCAUCCAUGGCCCUGACUAAGUUGUCUAAAUACGACCUGGUACAGUCUGUUUUCACAGAUAAUCCCAGUAGCUUUACUUGUGUCCAGAAGCAGCAACAAGUACUAAAAGCCACAUGCCUGCCAUGCAGAAAGUGCUAUUCUCUAAUGGUAGAUAGAACAAAAGAGGUGUUUCAGGGAAAGCUUUGCUUUCCACCACUGCCAAGUACAAUAUCUUACAGAAUAAUUUCAAGCUUUACUCCCCUGAAUACUGAAGUCUGCCAUACCACCUGGAUCAUGACACUGCUCUACCUAGCCGUUAGCCUAAACGUACUGCUUGAGAGGCACUGAUGCACGCAGCCACAUGUGCGGUGCCAUGAGUGGAAGUGACGUCCUUCCCUCCUUGUCCUGAUUUUAAAACUCUUGACUUCUCUUAGAAUUAGAGAAGAGAAAGCUAUACUGAGAUGUGUGUAAUUUGACAAAGCUUAAAGAAUUGUGUGAAGCACAUUAUUUCUAUCUCUGUCAGCAAUCUCAAAUUAUUUGGGCUUAUUUUACCAUUUGCCCAUAAUAUGCCAUAAGAGCCAUUAAUUUAGCUAUUACAAGUUCUACAUUAAUAAGGCUGUUGUAGAACUACAGCAGAAUUGCUUGAUCUUAGCCAUUACCUGACAUCAGUGCCACUACAGUGAAGGCCUAGUCCUAACUGCACAUUAUAAUGCAAAGUAGUUGUGUUGUUCUAAUAGGUUACUCUUAAGUUAUUGAUGCUUCAGAGGUCUUCUAGAAAGCCACAAGAUGAAAAAGUUGCAACACUUUGUUACUUUUAUCCUCUUCAGAGAAUUGUUCUGGACAUCUCUUUACUAUUUGCUUAAGGCUGACUUGAACUAGUUCUGGUGCUUUUAUAUUUUCCCUUCUCUUUCUUUGGCUAGCAGGCAUCUGACUUUUCCUUAGCAAGUUUAACUUUUGUAUUUAUGCACCAAAAAAGAGGGACCACUUUUAGACUUUACAGUUGCCCUAUCAGCAAUUUUUAAGUACAUAAGAGACAGAGCAGUUGAAGGAUUUAUAUAUGUUUAAUAAAGCUGCCAAACUGUGAAAGGUUUCUUACCUGCUCCGGUAAGUUUUAAUCAUGGUUUUCCCAUUUUCCUAUUUUUGAGUACUGGUAUUGGACAACUCAAGAAAGCUGACUUCUGCUAGCUUAGAAACAAUGGGAUUUCUAUAAACCUCUCUGCAGAACCCAGAAUUCUGGUACCAGCUGGUCAGAACCCAGGCAGGUUUUUGAACAGAGGUUGUUGAAAUCUGGAGAAAGGACUGGUGGAUUGGUGUUCAACAAAACCUCACUGUCAUCACUGUCCUCAUAAGAGUAUUAUCAUCAAGAGGAAAGUCAAAACAAGAACUGUGUUUGACCACAUUCUGGGAAUUAGUUCGUUCAACAUAUCAGUGCAGUAGUUUUAGUAAAUGUCUCUAGCAAGUCUUGUACUUCUACAGAAGCAAAGGUCCAGUAAUUUGAAGUCUUACCACAUCUUCACUUUUAUUAUGAAUACUCUAGGUGUUUUUAUAAUUUUUACUGACACUCAGUAACUGUAUAAUUGUGUACAACAUAUUGAUGAAAUCAUGUUAGAGAAUACAUAGAGAGCACUGCAGCUGAAGCAUAUAACGUUAAUAUUGUUUACAGCAUACUGUGGACAGUGCCAAAUAAAUGUUUAAACAAAUACUUAACUACACUUCAUGGUGUAACUAGUAACUGCACACAGAUUCAUAAAAAAAAAAA